AUGUUAGAUCUUAUACGUAGCUUUGUUCCUCCAUUGACUACUGCGAAACAUAAGGGUGAGAUGGGCCGUUUGGCAAUUAUUGGGGGCUCAAGGGAAUAUACUGGUGCCCCCUACUUCGCGGCCAUGAGCGCUCUUUGUUGCGGUGCGGAUAUAGUGCACAUUAUAUGCGCUGGUGCAGCUGCUCCAAUCAUCAAAAUGUACAGUCCAGAACUUAUUGUUCAUCCUGAUUUAGAUAGUAAUGUUGAGGAGGCGAAGAAAUGGUUAAAUAGAGCACAUGCUGCUUUACUGGGUCCAGGACUUGGCUUGAGCGAGAAUAUUCCGAACGCCACCGAAUUACUUUGUUACUGCUGUGAACAAUGCAAACCUUUGGUUAUUGACGCGGAUGGACUCUCUAUUAUCACUCGGAACCCUCAACUUGUUCAGAAUAAGAAGUGUGUCAUUCUAACUCCAAAUGUAGUUGAAUUCGAGAGACUCUGUAAUGCUGUGGCUCUCGGUGGAGUCACCAUAGUGCGGAAAGGCCCUUCGGAUGUUAUUUCGAAUGGAGAAAUGACUAUUGUUUGUGAAGAGGAUGGUUCUCCUCGUCGAUGUGGUGGUCAAGGGUUAGCAUUGGUUUACUCUGUUGAUGGUCUUAGCCAGUCCAAGGGCACUAGAAGGGCUCCACAUAACGCGAUCGAGAAGCGGUACAGAGCCAGUAUUAACGGACGUAUAGAUGAGUUGCGCAAAAUACUGAUUCCUGACCCGGACUGUGAUGCUAAGUUGAAUAAAUCUGCUGUUUUGCGUCAGGCCAUCGAUCAUAUUCGGGAUCUUGAGAGGAAAAAUGAAAUGCUCCGGGCAGAGAUCGAUGCACUUCGAGCAAUACAAUCUAAUAACCUAUCCAAGUCCUCCCAUAGCAGUCCCGAGAGCGGAAUCUCAUCAUUUGAGCCGUCGCCAUCUUCAUCGACCUUUGCCAGCAUGGAAUUCGGUCAUCUUACACCGUCUUCUACCGGUACCAGUUGUGGAAGUCUCUUCCAGACCUCCAUGGGGAGUGCAAACGGAGCUAUCCCAUGCGACGGGACAGACAUCCCCACAGAAACGCCGGACACUUGUCUCGCUCCUUGGUCCUUUUAUUCAGGGCUUUACCAACAGCCACAUCUCUUGGAUUCAGUUGCUGCACCUGCUGUAAUGAUUCAUGGCAAUCUCGAUGCAGAUAUUGUCACCAAGCCUGUUUAUUCGUCGUUGAAUGAUCCUGAUACAAACCACUCAACAUUUGUCUUUGGUGAACAGCCCAUUACAGGGAACACCAAAUAUGUGCUCACAAAUUCACGACCUUGUCUGACUUCAGCCCCGACCGACUCUUCGAAGUUCUGUUGGUCGGGAUCUGAUAUGGUACCUAACGCGAAUGUUGGUAAUCGAUAUAAGCGAUCCUUGGUUCCGAUGGAACUGUCGGAAAUUUGCUCUUCCCAGGACCCUAACAGACUUAUGGUGGGCGCUGUUCGUGGCAUCUACGGGUCGUUCGUAUGUUUUGAAAAGUUCACGAAUUGUGAUUUUCUGUUUUCUGAUUGGAGCUGUUGUGCUUCUGCCCGUGGGGCAGAAUUUUCAGUGUGCUCUAACGGGCGUACAAUCCGUUUGCACACACGUGUCCGGUCGAUCUCCUCUAAUGACAAUACGUUGUACUUCUGUUCCAGUAACGGUACACUCUUUGUACUAAGCAAGCACACACUGGAAAUUAAGAGUCUGCCAUGCGCACAAGCUCUCGAAGUCGGUUGUUCCGGCUUGACUGCUUACUGUAUCGCAGGUGACAGCGAGCUGUUCGAAAUAAAGACGGAGGAGUGCGAUCCGAUUGUGCUACUACAUGUACCGAGAAACCCAUCAUUCAAAGUGAAAUCGGUCGCAUGUGGGUCAGAGUUUAUACUCUGUCUCACGCGCACAGGCCAAGUAUUCAGCAAAGGCAUUGGUAGUCGUGGCCAGCUGGGUUUGGCGGACCUGGAGGACAGGCCCUAUUUCACUAUCAUUUCGGCCCUAGAAACUCUCACCGUCACCGCCGUCAGUGCUGGGAAGUGGCACUCUGCUUGCAUUACAGAUACUGGCGACCUAUACACAUGGGGAUGGAACGAGUUUGGGCAACUGGGUCACCGUUCGCUCUCGCUACUCAAAAAGUCCGGUGCUGCCGUCUCCGAUUCAGCUACUGCCGUAUCAGUAUUGGCACUUCCAAAACCUGUGGAUUUCCCUAGUGAUACUUGCGUGGUACAAGUAACAUCCGAGUCACCCUCGUCGCGCCACUUGUUAUCUACCUUCGCUUCAUUCACUUUCGCCUCCGUUCCAUCGUGGUUGGUUUUGCUGGUGUAUGUGCUGCAGUGGAUUGUGGCCCUGUGCCUAUGCCUAUGGGCUUGCCGGAAGUCGCCAGGGUCAUCUGCCUAUUCACAAUUGGACACGUAUGUUCCAGGAACUCUUAAAAGAUCAGCGUUCACCCAUUGGGAGAAGGCAAUGGAUGCAAUUCAUCGAGCUUCAUGGUCACCAGCUAACAGCAGACUGCGUUUGUACUUAUCUACUGUUGGUGCUCCGAUCAGCUCUCACUCGGUGGCAACCUCGAUGAACCUGGUGAAUGCAUUGUUCUGUCGUUUUCGUCGCUUUUUUUCUUGGGGCACUCUGGCGAUGAAAACGGUUUAUUUCGCGUUGACCAGGUUUCUUCCUCUUGCUCGACUCAUGUUUUCACAACACAAGGCUACUGGGCUGUCAAGUAUCCCGGUUCUGUUGGUGAACGAUGAGGUCAAACCAUCACCCGCAGCUGCCCGCCUGUUUCUACUGGAAGUGCACACUCUCGGUAAGUUUGUAUCAAUUUGA